GCAUGAUCCGCUUGAUUUUUCCAACCCGGCGGACAGCAGCCCGGAGCGGAGAGCGACGCGGACCCACGCCCCGGCACUGCGGACUAUGGCGAGCGACGGACGCAAAGUGGUGCUGAUCACCGGCUGCUCCUCCGGGAUCGGUCUACGGAUCGCGGCGACGCUUGCCAGGGACGAAAAGAAGCGAUACCACGUCAUAGCCACCAUGCGAGACCUGAAGAGGAAGGAGAAGCUUCUGGAAGCUGUGGGCGACGCCCACGGGGAAACGCUGACACUGCGGGUACUGGACGUCUGCAGUGAGGAGUCGGUCAGGCAGUGCGUGGGCGACCUCGAGGACCGGCGCGUGGAUGUGCUCAUCAAUAAUGCGGGCAUCGGUCUGCUCGGCCCGGUGGAGAGCAUCAGCAUAGAGGAGAUGAAGAAGGUGUUCGAGACCAACUUCUUUGGCGUGGUGCGCAUGAUCAAGGAGGUGAUGCCAGACAUGAAGAGGAGAAGGAGCGGGCACAUCAUCGUGAUGAGCAGCGUCAUGGGCCUGCAGGGGGUGGUGUUUAAUGACGUCUACACAGCCUCCAAGUUCGCAAUGGAGGGCUUCUGCGAGAGUCUGGCUGUACAGCUGCUCAAGUUCAACGUCAAGCUGUCGAUGAUCGAGCCAGGCCCCGUGCACACAGAGUUCGAGGUGAAGAUCAUGCAGGAUGUAGCGAAGAUGGAGUUCCCGGGGGCAGAUGCAGACACGGUGCGCUAUUUCAAGGACGUCUACCUGCCCUCCUCCAUCCGCAUGUUCGAGGCCAUGGGUCAGUCGGCUGAUGACAUCGCCAAGUACACCAAGAAGGUAAUUGAGGCGAGUCGCCCUCGAUUUCGCAAUCUGACCAACACCCUCUACACCCCCAUCGUGGCCAUGAAGUACGCAGAUGAAACCGGAGGUCUUUCCAUCCACACUUUCUACAAUCUGCUCUUCAACUUCGGCACGCUGAUGCACAUCACCGUCAGCAUCCUCAAAUGCCUGACCUGCCGGUGCUUCCGCAGGCGCAAUAUCUCCCCUGACUGAAGGGGGCGCUGGAGAGUACCGGGGCAAGUGUACUGCUGCUGAGACUGUAUUUCUACUCUUCCUUAAGGGCUGGGGUAUAAACAAGUAGGACAGUCUUUCCCCCCGGCCACCCCUGUCAAACACACACACUUUUUAUUUUGUAGCUCUCCUGAGGGCUGUAGCUAAAAUAUAAAAUUCAUCAUGCUGCUUUUCUGCCCCAGUUUACAGGGGCAUAAUUAAGAGCAGGAGAAAAAUCGAUCAUCUGCUGAAAUCACAGCAAAGUACUGUCACCUCAAAGGGCACUGUUGAAAAGAAAUAUCCAUCAGUUCCAAUACUGAAAUAGGGUGCUGAGAGGAUCCUCACUGCAGGACAGAUCAGUUAAAUCAAAGGAGAGACCGGUAGGAGCUGGAGAGGGGAAACGGUAGCGGAGAUUUUCUCGUAACCUGUCACUUUUUUGUUCAGCAGCAGAAGAAAUUUAGAAGCUCGAAGUUGCUCACUGAUUAUAUCUUCUCAUGUAAUUCU